ACCUGUGAGGAAGAACCAAUGUGGGAGACCCAGCCUGCGUUCAUUAAGGAUGGUGUGGAAGAUCAUGGGGCCACUGCAAGCAUGUCACCUUCUCCUAGUGAUUGUAUCUUUGCCAUGGGGGAGGACAAGUUCUGUUAUAACUGUAAAUGGCAGAACUGAGAACUAUGUCCUGGACACCCCAUCUGGUGUCGAAGCUUCUCUGGAAUGCGCGGUUCAAAACCCCACCAGCGAUGAAGAACUUCUCUGGUACCGAGGAGAUGGAAUAGUAGAUCUGAAAACUGGAAAUAAAAUCAACAGCAGCUCUAUCUGUGUCUCUCCCAUCAGAGCAGAUGAUGAUGGAGUUCGCUUUACCUGCAAGCUGCAGAGCGAUCAGGCAGUGUCGGUCUCCGUGGUGCUGAAUGUUACUUUCCCCCCUGUUCUAAGCGGAGAUGACUUCCAAACCGUAGAGGAAGACAGCGACGUAAGCUUGGUUUGCAACGUGAAAUCCAACCCCCAAGCUCAAAUGGAGUGGCGUAAAGAUAACAACGUCCUGGUUUUAGAGAAAGGCCGUCACCAAAUCCAAGAGACAAGUGAGUCUUUUCAGUUGUCAAUCACCAAAGUCAAGAAAUCCGACAAUGGAACCUACAGCUGUAUUGCUAGCUCAACUCUCAAAGUGGAGACCAGGGACUUCCACCUGGUCGUUACAGACAAAGUUCCAGCCGUCCCAAUAGAGGCAAUCAUUGCUGCUUGUGUCGUGGUCUUCCUGACUUUGGGUUUUGGGCUGCUUGCUAGGAGAAAAAGAAUAAUGAAGCUCUGUGUGAAAGAGAAAAACAAGAAUUCAGAGACAGCUCUGUAA